AUGAAUCUCGUUCAAUAAGUGAAAAUGAAGUAAGUGAAAAUGAUGAGGAUCAAGAAUCAUCAGAAGAUAUAGAAUUAACUUGGAGAACAACAAUUCAACAUUGGAUUGAUUUGGUGAAUGAAGAAAUAAGUGAUGAUAUUGAUCAAGACGAUUAUGAUAUAGCUUUUAAUAUUCCAACACCCGAAG